AUAUUGAUGAAUGUGCCUUAAAGACUCACACUUGUUGGAAUGAUUCAGCCUGUAUAAACUUGGCAGGAGGGUUUGAUUGCCUCUGUCCAUCUGGACCUUCCUGUACAGGUGAUUGCCCUCAUGAAGGGGGCCUGAAACGGAAUGGCCAAGUAUGGACAUUGAAGAAAGACAGAUGUUCUGUUUGCUCCUGUAAGGAUGGCAAGAUCUUCUGUCGAAGGACAGCUUGUGAUUGUGAAAAUCUCAGUGUUGACUUUUUCUGUUGCCCAGAAUGUGAUACCAGAGUGACCAGUCAGUGUUUAGAUCAGAAUGGGCAUAAGCUGUACCGAAGUGGAGACAACUGGACAUACAGCUGUCAACAGUGCCGCUGUCUGGAAGGUGAAGUGGAUUGUUGGCCACUUGCAUGUCCAGCCCUGAAUUGUGAUUACACAGCAAUGUCAGAAGGAGAAUGUUGCCCUCAUUGUGUCAGUGACCCUUGUUUAGCUGAUAAUGGUAUAUAUGACAUCCAAAAAACCUGUCUAGAUGACUAUGGAAUAACACGGCUAAGUGGUUCAGUAUGGACAAUGCUUGGAUCUCCUUGUACGACCUGCAAAUGCAAGAAUGGAAAUGUCUGUUGUUCAGUGGAUUUAGAAUGUCUUCGCAAUAACUGAAGUAUAAAACUGGGACAAUUCUUUUUGUGAGGAAAACUGAUGCAAUUUUCCACUUUCCAAACAAAUGCAGUGUAAGUAAGAGGUGGAAGUUUUGUACAACAGACAAUGA